AUGCCACUCACAGAUACGCUGCUCGGCUCGACUGAUCCUCCAGAGGGCUCUCACGGGGUCAACAAUGUGUUCAUCCGUAGGUGGGAAUUUGGCAACACAGCCAGUCCCUGGCAUCGGAGUGGGACACAAUAUCUAGCUCGUACAAAAAUGCCAAGACACAACAAUCACUCAAGAAAAGUGAUGAAACGAAAGAUCAGGAGGAAUCAAACUAUAAAAAGGGUGCACAGAAGUCCUCGAACCGAUUACUUGCGUCGACCUAUGACUGGACCAGCCGACCAACCCAACAUUAUGGCAUCCAAUGUACCUCAAAGACCAGUCAAAAUGUAUCCGAGCGAACAACCUAAGCUAACAAAAACUAAAAUCCUCUGGCAACAAAGGAAAAGAUCACACAAACGGUCAAGGGACCAGAGUAUGGAUAAAAAGGCAAAACCAUCAUUUGAGGAAAUUGACCUACUUGACAGCAGUAACGAUGAAGGUGAACUGUCAAGAUUACCAGAGAAUUGCUCAGAGUUCUGCAACUCACUCACUACUGUGACAAGCGAUCAUGUUGCUUUGCAACAACUACUGCAAAAGAUGCUUUGUACCGGGCACUUGUCUGUCCCGAGAGUAUAA